AUGGACGAAUCUAAGCAAGCAGACCAGUCUCGCGGGGUUUUGGCUCCUGCGUCAUCCACUGUUAAUUCGACGGACGAUUUUGGUAUUGAUAGAAAUUCAGAUUUAGGAAUUGGCUUCGCUGGAUCUCUUUCCAUUAAAAAGGAAGGCUAUGAAGACAAACACCCCGAUUGUUAUGAGUCUCCAGUGUCCAAGGCAACCGACUUGGGAUUUGGAACUAAAGAAUAUACAGAUUUGGUUUCUUAUCCUUCCCUUGAUUAUCCUAGCUUGAUAGAAAGCCCUACAGCCUUGAUGUGUAGCCCCCUUUCUCUGGAGCUCGGUACAUCUUCCGUGAGUGUAUUAUACGACCUGGAACCCCAAAGUUCCAGUAUCACCAUACUCUCGAAGCCUGUUUAUGAAAAAACCUCCAAUAAGUAUGACCCAAGCUUAGCCGUCGCUGAUUCCAACAGCUCUUCUCCUUCAAAAUCGUUUGUUCCUUGUAGAGUCUGUGGAGAUAAGGCGUCAGGCUACCAUUACGGGGUGACGUCUUGCGAGGGAUGUAAGGGUUUCUUCAGAAGAAGCAUACAAAAACAGAUUGAAUACAGGUGCCUCCGUGAUGCCAAGUGUCUGGUAAUCCGUCUAAACCGGAACCGCUGUCAGUAUUGCCGCUUCAAGAAGUGUCUUGCCGUGGGAAUGUCCAAAGACUCUGUACGAUUUGGUCGAGUGCCAAAAAGAUCGAGAGAACUUAAUGAAGAUGGUCGAGUUACUCAGGCUGAGGCUGACCAGUCGCAGAGAGAGUUAGAAAACAAACAGAUUGCCAUGUAUGACGUCAUUCUGACAAUUUCUCAAGCUCAUCACACCAGCUGUGCCUACACGGAAGAAAAAACUCGAAAUCUAGUUCGGAAACCAGCAAUAUUUAGACUAGACGAGUUUCAAGCCACGACAACAGAUGGUAAACAAAGUACAGCCGACAGCUUGGACCAAAAGAUCGUUAUGUGGCAGCAAUUUGCUGUGUUGGCCACUCCCUCCAUUCAAAGGGUAGUGGAGUUCGCAAAGCGUAUCCCCAAAUUUUUGGACUUGAUUCAAGAUGACCAACUAAUCCUCAUCAAAUUAGGCUUCUUUGAAGUGUGGUUGAUUCGCAUCGCCAGAAUGGUCAACACUGUAGACAACAGCGUGACAUUCAGUGAUGGUUGUUACAUAACUCGCCAGCAGAUGGAAGUUAUGUAUGAUCAUGAAUUUGUGAACACUGCGUUUAACUUCGUCAUCUCUUUCAACAAUCUGCAGUUGAAUGACACCGAAAUCGGGUUGUUCUCAGCUGUUGUAUUGUUCACUUCCGAAAGGAUGGGUAUCUAUGAAAACAAGAGUAUUGACCAGCAGCAGGAACAGCUGAUGGAUGCUUUGAAACUCCAGGUGGGACGUAAUCAUCCUAGUGAACCCCAUCUCUUCCCUUCUCUGAUGAUGAAGUUGUCAGAGCUUCGCUCUCUUGGGGAAAACCACAUGAAACACCUUCAAUGGUUUAGAGCAAACUGGGCAAGACUUAAACUCCCACCUCUUUUUGCUGAAAUUUUUGACAUACCAAAAUGUGAAGAAGAUUUGGUACAAUAAUGAAAUAGGUCCAGCCUAGAGCAAGACACUGACAAACCAAAUUCUUGAAGAAUCACAAACAGUAAAAAGCCUGAGGUCAGGAUACUAUUAUAAAAGAUAGAAAAUAAAACCCUGGUGCCAUGAGACUAUCAUAAAGGUACAGGCGCUAUAAAACCUGAGAUCAGGAGACU